AUGACGACGCCCGCGAUCUUGCCAACCGAGCUCAGAACGCACAUCUAUCGGCUUCAUAUCGACGCGCUUCAACGCAGCAGGCACGCCAACAUCACUGCCAACCUCUGGAGUCUAUCGCUGGUGGAGCGAGCGGCCCUGACCCUCGUGGUGAGAAGGCUUCUGCACUGUCCGGUGCUUGGAGGGGCCAAUCAAGUCAGAGCCUUUGCGCGAUGCAUCUCUCGUCAUCCACACACCAAGCAGCAGGCUCGAAUGAGCACGAAAAGGCUGCUGGUACGAGGAUUGCGUGCCAGAACCAGGACGCAUCUCUACGAUGCUGGUGACGUAGCAUCCGCGUUAUCACGGGACAGCGCUUUCGCACUCUUGGUCGCUUUGCCAAUGCUGCUGCAGCUGGAGAGCUUGGCCAUCGCCUUUCCUCCGCGACUCCUCUGCCCCGCCAAAACUCACAAAGAUGACUCGCGUUUCGUUUCGGUCCGCGCGCGACUUCAGGAGCUGGUGUGCGAAGGCAGCACCUUUGGAAGAGAUCCUCUGGGAACUCUAUUCUGCCCGCUGUCCACGACGAGCGAUCCCAAGCAAACAUCUCAUUGGCCUGCAUUGACGCAGCUGCAGCUUCACGGACCUCGGCUGCACCUCUCGCAAGAAGCGCUUCACAACAUCGCACUCUUGCCCAAACUCGAACAGCUGUGUCUCAGCAUCCCGCCUGGCCCAGGCUACCGCGCACGAAUGCCAGAGUUCCUCCAACCUCUGAUGGCUUCCGUGUCAUUGCGCCGGCUGCUGGUCAUCAGCCACAACUUGGAGCGCUACGUCGGACACCGAUCACGCGUGGAGCCCAUGCUCAGGCACCUCUUUCGACCCGCUCAUCUUGUCGAUGAUGCGCGAGCCCUCACCAUCACGCUGGUCACUGUCGACAUGCCCAAGCAGCACAAAGACAUGAACACCAGCCUCAUUGCUUCGUGGUUGUUCGCAAGGGCGGAAGCAGGAGCCCACUGGCACUUUGGUAGAUCGACAAGCUUGCCGCCAGGCGUCGAGCGAGACUUUUCCUUUGCGACCAUCGGCGCACAGCUAGCGAGAGCCUGCGAGGAAGUGGACGCGGCGUGGGGUGCAAAGACUUGCGUGGAGGAAUGGACCGUCGAGGGCCAGCAGCAUUCGCAGGACGUGUCCGAGAUGGGAGCACAGCCUUUGCUUCGCGCAGAUGUCGCUCCUGACCUCGCUGCUCUGUUGCUGCAAGACGAGGACAUUGGCAACGAGUGGAGCAGCGAUUCGGAAUCGAGCGAGUGA